GGGGGGGCAGGCGGGAGGCCCGGCUCUGCCGCCCGCAGCCAUGAGCGGCCCCGGUGGUGGGUCCCCGCCGGCCGGUCCGGUCCCCGCCAUCGCCCCCCUGGGCCCCCAAGCCAUGCAGCAGGUCCUGGACAACCUGAUGGGGCUCCCCGGCACCCCGGGGGCCGCCGACCUGGACCUCAUCUUCCUCCGCGGCAUCAUGGAGAGCCCAAUAGUAAGGUCCCUGGCGAAGGCCCACGAGCGGCUGGAGGAGACGAAGCUGGAGGCGGUGAGGGACAACAACCUGGAGCUGGUGCAGGAGAUCCUGCGUGACAUCGGGCACCUGGCGCGGCAGGACAGCGCGGCCGCCGAGCUGGCCCGCAUCCUGCGCGAACCCCACUUCCAGUCUCUGCUGGAGACCCACGACUCGGUGGCUUCCAAGAGCUACGAGACACCCCCACCCAGCCCCGUUCUGGAUCCGACCUUCAACAACCAGCCCGUGCCCCCCGACGCCGUGCGCAUGGUGGGCAUCCGCAAGACGGCCGGCGAGAACCUGGGGGUGACGUUCCGGGUGGAGCGGGGGGAACUGGUCAUCGCCCGCAUCCUGCACGGGGGCAUGGUGGCACAGCAGGGGCUGCUGCACGUUGGGGACGUCAUCCGGGAGGUGAACGGGCGGGAGGUGGGCAGCGACCCACGGGCGCUGCAGGACAGCCUGCGCCACGCCAGCGGCAGCGUCGUCCUCAAGAUCCUGCCCAGCUACCAGGAGCCUCACCCCCCCCGGCAGGUUUUUGUCAAGUGUCACUUCGACUACGACCCGGCCACCGACAGCCUCAUCCCCUGCAAGGAGGCCGGGCUCAAGUUCACCGCCGGUGACCUGCUGCAGAUCGUCAACCAGGACGACCCCAACUGGUGGCAGGCGUGCCACGUGGAGGGGGGCAGCGCGGGGCUGGUGCCCAGCCAGCUGCUGGAGGAGAAACGGAAGGCCUUCGUCAAGCGGGACGUGGAGGUGGCCCCCACCUCCGGGACCCUGUGUGGCAGCCUCAGCGGGAAGAGGAAGAAGAGGAUGAUGUACCUGACGACGAAGAACGCCGAGUUCGACCGCCACGAGCUGCUGAUCUACGAGGAGGUGGCCCGCAUGCCCCCCUUCCGCCGGAAAACCCUGGUGCUCAUCGGCGCCCAGGGCGUGGGCCGCCGCAGCCUCAAGAACAAGCUCAUCAUGUCGGACCAGGCGCGCUACGGCACCACCAUCCCCUACACGUCACGGAAGCCGAAGGAAAACGAGAAGGACGGGCACGGGUACCGCUUCGUGUCGCGGGGGGAGAUGGAGGCGGACAUCAAGGCGGGGCGGUACCUGGAGCACGGCGAGUACGAGGGCAACCUCUACGGCACCAAGAUCGACUCCAUCCGUGCCGUGGUUGAGGCCGGCAAGAUGUGCAUCCUGGACGUCAACCCCCAGGCGGUGAAGGUGCUGAGAACGGCUGAAUUCGUUCCAUAUGUGGUCUUCAUCGAAGCCCCCGGCCCCGAGAUGCUGCGGGCCAUGAACCGGGCGGCACUGGAGAGCGGCGUGGCCACUAAGCAGCUCACGGAGGCCGACGCCAGGCGGACGGUGGAGGAGAGCGGCCGGAUCCAGCGCGGUUACGGCCAUUACUUCGACCUCAGCCUGACCAACGACGACCUGGAGCGCACCUUCGGGCGGCUGCGGGAGGCCAUGGAGAACCUGCGCGCCCAGCCUCAGUGGGUGCCCGUCAGCUGGGUUUACUAGUGCCCCCCCCCACACCCCCCCCCUCACCCGGGGGGGGGGGGUCCCCACCACCUUCACCCCCCCACCCCCAGCCCGGCCAGGAGGAGGAGGAGGAGGGAGGAAGGUGGUUGUGCACCUGCCGUCUCACCCACUGGUGUGAUGAGUUUGCCGUGCUCAGCGCUGGGGUGGGGGGGGAGGUGGCUCUCUGCAGAGCCCCCCCCCUCGCCCAAGCCUGGUCCCUGUCUCCCUCCUACCCACACCCAGAUUUAUGGGGGGGGGGGGCAGAAGCAGCCAGUGGGGUCCCAUGGGGGUGACAGACCCCCCCUCCGUGCCCAGCACCCACACAGCUAAUUCACUGCCAAAACCUCCCCCCUGCCCCAUAUGAUCCCAGGGGACCGUGCCACCCCCCCAGCCGGGUUUGCUGUGAGCUGGGGGGGGGCACGGGGAGGAUGGGGGUCCUCCAGCACUGUGUGGCUCUGGCCCUUUGUAGCCCCGUGCCUCAGUUUCCCCCUGGGGAAGCCCACCCUGUGCCUCAGUUUCCCCAUGGGGAAGCACACCCCGUCCCGGGGCAACGCGUGGGUCGGGACCCCCAGGGCUGGGGGUGGGGGGGUCACACCCAGCUGGAGCCCCAUAGACUGCCAUGGACCCAAGUGUCCUGGCUUACCCCCCCCCAGGCUGCACCCCCCCCCCCCCCCAGGGACCCCCUUUCAUCUUUACCAGAGUGGGGGUCCCUCUCUGUCCCUUGUGCCCCCCCCAUCACCACUUCCCAGGUAGCAAUAACCCCCCGAGCCCCCCUGCCCACGUGGGUUCUGCCCUGUAAUUAACCUUUAAUUAACCCUGUAAUUAACCCCGGGGGGGGGGGCUGUUGUUGAGGGCUCACUGGGGCACUCCUGGGGCUGUCUUGGGGGGGGGCUGUCGUGGGCUGACCCCAAGGGAUGGGGACACGGGGAGCGCAGGGCACACGCGUGCAGGUGCGUAUGCACACGCGUGUGCCCCCCCUUGCCGGUGGCGUGUGUGUGCCCCCCUCCCUCCUGCCCUGAGCCCCCCCCCCCCCCCCCCCCUCGGCCA